AUGAAAUAUUUAUUACUUAUUUUAUGUAGCUUAAUAUCUUACAAAGAAUGUACAAUAGACAUAACGUUACCAGAAUUUGUUUAUCUAUCUGAUCAUUUAACUUCUGAAGAAUGUCAUCGAUUAUUUGCGUCUUUACAUUUCAUAACCUACGAUCUUCCAUCAACUGUAAACAACGCAGAAAAAAAGGUUCCUAGAGAUAUCCCAUGCAUCAAACUGCUGUUAAGAUGGAAUACUGGCCAAAAGAAAUGGGAAGGGAAAAGAAAAACUCACAUGGAGGUCGAACACAGAUUACGUCAAAUAGGCAGAAUUGAUUUGGCUGAUUGGCUUGGAAAAGCAGUAUUCAAUAACCUAGCCAAAAGUAUGAAUAACACCUUGACGAAUACUACUUAUUUUCAAAACCACCAAAUUAUAGUCCGCAAUAAGCUAUUAAAAGAUAAAGAGUUUAAAUAUGACAAUGAAUGGACUGCAAUCGAUUCUAUAUUAUGGGCGGUCUUGAUGACAUUAUUAGGAACCCUGCUGGUGACCUUUUGUCGUAUUCUGCUUUUGACUUAUAAGAAAGCUAGUGGCCGUCAUAAAGAUGGCGAAGAAUUAAUUGACCUGUUAAGUGUUGCUUCUAUGGACAGUGAUGUUGAAGAAACAAUUUAUGAAUACCAAGUUGAAAAUGAAGCUGACAAAAAUAGAACUAUUGUUGAUGAUCCUGAUAAAAUAAUAAAAAGUUAA